CGUGACCCAACCAUCGCCGACGUCCCUCUGCAGCUCAUUCAGCAUGAUGGCUGCUGAUGCUGCAGCAGCUUCAUCCUCAACACACCGCACUGCACUUCAUUCCUGCAGCCUGCUGUUGUUUAACUUCUCUAUCCUUCUCAUCAUCAUAUUCUUUCUCCCAGCUCCGGCGAAGGGAUUGCUUGGUGUACGCCCAGAGAACACUAAAGCCGGUGAACUGUCUGUGCAAGACGGGCUGCUCCAGGCGACCGAGGGGACGCGGUUCAUGCUGCGGGUUUACUAUGCAGCAUCCCCGGUUACACAGAGAGCCCAGAACCGCUCUGGGAGCGGGAGACCAGAGGGUGCAGCUGCCGCACCAUGGAUCGCCUUCAUAGAGGAGCCAGGAGGAGAGCGAGAGAGAGGAGAGGGGGAGAACAUGGUCCAUUCCAAACGGAACCCGUGCGUGGACGAGCAUGCGCGGAGUUCUGACAUCGAACUCCUGGGUUCCUUCAGGUCUGCAUCCAGCCACAACUCCGUUCUAGUGGAGCUGCUCGCCAAAGACCUGCGCAAAGAUGAGCGGAUAAAAUACUACUCCAUUUGCGCGUUUGAUGGGGCGAAGUGGGAACAUUUCACCACCAGAGACUUCUGGCUAGCCGUGGUGGAGCGACCCCCGCAAGCGGACGUGUGGCUCCAGUUGGGGGUGUCGGUGAUGCUACUGGGGCUCUCUGCGCUCUGCAGUGGGCUGAACAUCAGCAUGCUCGCCCUGGAUCCCGUUGAGCUCCGGGUCCUCCAAAACAGCGGCACCGAGAAGGAACAAAAAUAUGCGCACAAGAUCGAAUCUGUGCGUAAACAUGGCAACUACAUCCUGUGUACUGUGGUGCUGGGCAAUGUGCUGACCAACACCUGUUUUGUAGUGUGGAUGUGCCAGAUUAUAGGGAUGACUCCCACCUCCCUUGCUACCUGCACUUUCGGUAUAUUCUUUAUAGGAGAGAUCCUGCCUCACUCUGUGGCGUCCAGACACAGCCUCGCCAUCGCCUCCAAAACCAUCUGGGCCACCCGGCUUCUAAUGCUGGUCUCCUUCCCCAUCUCCUACCCCGUCUCCAAACUCCUAGACAUCAUGCUCCACCAGGAGAUCAGUAACUUCUACACCAGAGAGAAACUGGUUGCCAUGCUGCGCGUCACAGACCCCUACCACGAUCUGGUCAAAGAAGAACUCAACAUCAUCCAGGGCGCUCUGGAGUUGCGCACCAAGAACGUAGAAGUUGUUCACACUCCGCUGGCGGACUGUUACAUGCUCUCCUCGGAUGCUGUUCUAGACUUCUGUACGAUGUCUGACGUCAUGCAGAGCGGGUUCACCCGGAUCCCGGUCUAUGAGAACGACAGGUCCAACAUCGUUGAUAUCCUGUUCGUCAAAGACCUGGCGUUCGUGGACCCGGAUGACUGCACCCCGCUGAAGACCAUCACCCAGUUCUACAAACACCCCAUGCACUGUGUGUUCAGCGAUACCAAAUUGGAUGUGAUGCUGGAGGAGUUCAAGAGAGGUAAAUCCCAUCUGGCUAUAGUCCACAGGGUGAAUAGUGAAGGGGAGGGAGAUCCAUUCUACGAGGUCCUGGGAAUCGUUACAUUGGAGGAUGUUAUCGAAGAAAUCAUCAAGUCUGAGAUUGUGGACGAGACAGACCUCUUCAUUGAUAAGAGGACUAAGAGGCGCGUGUCUCACCAUGAGAGGAAGCAACACGACUUCUCCAUCUUUAACCUGACAGAGAACGAAAUGAAGGUGAAGAUGUCUCCUCAACUGCUGCUUGCUACACACCGCUUCCUGGCCACAGAAGUGGAGCCCUUCAGGCCAUGUCAUCUCUCAGAGAAGAUUCUCCUUCGUCUGAUCAAACACCCCAGUGUCGUUCAGGAACUAAAGUUUGACAGAAAGAACAAACAAGCACCACAGCACUUCCUGUAUAUGAGGAACAAACCUGUCGACUACUUUGUCCUAGUUCUACAGGGUAAAGUGGAGGUGGAGAUUGGUAAGGAGGCUCUUCGUUUUGAGAACGGAGCUUUCUCCUACUAUGGCAUGCCAGCCCUCAUACCACCACUACCUAUAGUCAACAGGUUUGGUUCUGGUAGCAGUGGGUUGAACCAGUCAGAGUCUGUCUUAUCAGGAGGCAGUGUGGGUCAGCUGAGUAUAGGAGGGGGAGGAGUCUACCUACCUGACUUCUCUGUCAGACAACUCACUGACCUACAGAUUAUAAAGAUCUCAAGGAACCACUACCAGAAUGCUCUAACAGCCAGUCUUAUGGACAGUGUACCCCAGACCCCUGAUCCCGACGGGAGACCCACCAUCCCUGAGACCCGCUCCCACAGCAUCGCCCUGCCCCUGACACACACAUACACAUACCUCCGACCCGUCCUGGAACAACACACACACACAGAGGACAACACUGGACCACUCACCUCACAGCUCAAUGAGAGAAACCGCAUCGUCCGCAGUAAGUCAGACGGACAGAGGAGUCCCAGUGAUUCAGUGUUUCUACGGAUGGAUGACAUACCCUACAUCCAAGAGGACCUACAAAAACACCGUCAGGAAGGCCACCCAGAGGAGCCACUAGAGGAGAGACCGGAAGACCUCCCGGAAGAUAGAAAGGAAGACCACCCAGAAGACCGUCUGGAAGACAGGCCAGAAGGCCGUAUGAAAGACAGGCUGGAAGACUGUCCGGAAAACCGGUUAAUUGAACGCCCAGAAGACCAGCUGGUAGAAAUUCCGGAAGACCAGCUGGAAAGCCAAGAAGGGAUCGAUGCUGUUCCUGUGGAGUUAGAUAUCAUCUGUUCUCUAUCUGGUUCAGAGGAGACACUGGGGAAGAAGCUGCUAUGCAAACUGAGUAACAAGAAGAGGAAAAAGUCCCGGGAUGGGGAGAAGAGUGUGGAGGAAGGUUUGGAGCAGCCAUCGGUGACCACCUAGCACAACGCCAGGUAGAGACAGCAGGGAAGACCUAGAGAAAGAUAGGGAAUAGACUGGCUCUGUUUCUCUCUCACUUCCCACUGGGAACUGGGUUAGAGUUUUGGUAUGGACCAGACUCUAGUACUUGUCAAAAGAUGUCGAGAACCUCAAGAUCUCUCUCUGAACGGUCCACUCCCCAGACCCAACCCCCCCCCCCCCUAGAUACACUCUGUCCACUCCCCAGACCCAACCCUACCUCUGUAUACCCUCUGUCCACUCCCCAGACCCAACCCUACUCCUGUAUACCCUCUGUCCACUCCCCAGACCCAACCCUACCCCUGUAUACCCUCUGUCCACUCCCCAGACCCAACCCUACCCCUGUAUACCCUCUGUCCACUCCCCAGACCCAACCCUACCCCUGUAUACCCUCUGUCCACUCCCCAGACCCAACCCUACCCCUGUAUACCCUCUGUCCACUCCCCAGACCCAACGCUACCCCUGUAUACCCUCGGUCCACUCCCCAGACCCAACCCUACCCCUGUAUACCCUCUGUCCACUCCCCAGACCCAACCCUACCCCUGUAUACCCUCUGUCCACUCCCCAGACCCAACCCU